AUGAAUUUUGCAUUUUAAUGUCUCAACCAUAAUGAUGUCUAACCUGAAUAUAUAGUUUUAAACUCUUCAUUAUCAGAUUAGGAAAGGAUAUUAUGUGAGAAAUGUUGGAAAAUCAGCAAAUGGAAAUCAAAUGCGAUUUCUCAGAAGGAUGCUAUAUUUAGAAUUGAGAGUAAACAGAAUGAAGUAAAAAAUGAUAUCUAAAAUUAAACGAAUACACUUAAUAAAAUUGUAGAAUAAGUUAAAAACCUUCUAAAUUAAUUGAACUUUUAUUAUGGCAGUUUAAUAUCGCAAAUUGAAAAUUGGAAAGAAGAUCUAACAAAGAUGACAUUUAAAGAUAAUGAAAACAAUUCCCAAUUUUUUCUCUAAGAAUUAGAUCGCAUAAAUUAGAAAUAAAUGUUAUCAAAAGAAAAAUAAUUUUAUGAAACAAAUAGAGCUUAUCUCUUGAAAAUGAUCCAUGGGUUUAAUACUAAUGAUUUUAGAAAGAAAUUGGAGGAAUUAUAAAAAAUCUUGGUCAAACUUUUUAAAGAAACAAAAAUAAAGGUUCCAGAAUACAAUAUAAAAUUAAAAAAAAUUAAUUAAAUAAAACAAGACAGUUGCUGUUUAAGUCUGGUCUUUAAUUAAUUUAAUACUCUAAUGAUUUCUACUAAAUUGCAUCAAAUUUAGAUUUGGAGUUUUGAUAAAGGAAUAAUCAAUCUUAAACAAAUCUUGGAUGUUCAUACAAAAUGGGUUAAUUGUUUAGUUUAUAGCAAGAAAAUUGAUGCCUUUAUUAGUGGCUCAGAUGAUAGCACAAUAGUAAUUACAAAAUUAGUAAAUGAAAAAUGGGUUAGCUCAAAGCCUUUUCAUAGACAUUAAAUGGAAGUCUAUUGUUUAUUGUUGAAUCAAGAGGAAGACUUACUUUUUUCUGGUAGUUGCGAUAAAUCAAUAAUUGUUUGGAAGUUGGAUUUUCAAAAAAAUCAAUUAGAGUUUCAUUAUUAAUUGGAUAAGCAUAAAAAUUCUAUAUACUCAUUAUCUUUAAAUUAAAAAGAAAAUAUUUUGAUUUCUUGUGCUAAUUAGAAGGACUAGAUAAUAGUUUGGGGAAAAGAAGAAAAAGAAGAUAAAUUGACAUUUAAAUACAUUGUUAAAUAAAAAGAUUCAAAAAAUUUAUAUGGAAAAAAAAUCUUCUUCCUUUCUGACAACAGAUUUUUAUGGGUAACAGCCAACGAUGGAGUUGAUAAAAUAUUUAUUUUUGAAUCAACAAAAGGUGUUUUUGAAGAAAAUAAAGAAAAAACUAUUGAAUUGGUUCAGAAUUAAGAAAUCGAAGAUUAGUUUGAAUUUCCAAUUAUUGAAAUUAAUUAAAAUAAAAUCAUUCUGGUUAGACAUAAAAAUCAAAUACAUUUUCUUUAGGACUAAGGAAAUGGCAAGCUGGUCAAAAUUUAUUGUAUGCAAUGUUUAACAAAAAACACAUAUGGCUCCCUAACAAGCAAAGGUGAAUUUUUAGUUUAUUGGGAUAACGAUAUAUUAGGAUAUUAGAUAUAUGAAGUAAAUUAUACAUGA